AUGGUCGCAAUAUUUGUAUCCCAAGUGAACGUCCUGAUCACAUCCAAGAAAGGAACCAUGACGACAACAACAACAACGAUUGAAGCACCGCCAAUCUCCUAUGUACAGGUCCCAGAAACAUCAGAGGACCUGGAGUGGGCGGAUCUAAGGACCCUCGAUCUGGCCAAAUUCGAUCAACCUGGUGGAAAGCAUGAGCUGGCUGCUGAACUUACAACAGCGAUUGAAGAUGUCGAAGCAGGAUUUUUCUACGUUACGAACUACGGCCUGAGCAAGGAAGAAGUGGAUGCGCAGUUUGGCCUCGCAAAGACCGUCCUCUCCCUACCCAACGACGAGAAACAGAAAUACCGUGCUGCACUAGAACAGGGGGAUUAUAACGGGUGGAAGCCAGCGGGAAUUCGUACCCUCGUUCCUGGUGUUAAGGAUAACUUUGAGAUCUAUAAUAUACCAAAGUUUACUCCGGAGCAUGCGGAUCGGAAACACCCGGAUGUAGUUAGGGAGCAUUGGCAGAGCAUCGAGCACUUUUCAAAGCAUAUCCACGAGAAUAUUGUCAAGAAGCUGCUUACCGUGUUUGCCAUUGCACUAGGGCUAGAGGACGAGGAGUGGCUGGUUAACAAGCAUCGGUACGAGCAGACCUCUGGGGAUCAUCUGCGGUACAUGAAGUACUACUCGCGGAGCCAGGAGGAGAAUGACAAGCUGGGCGGCGUCUGGCUUAAGGGACACUCUGAUAUGGGAAGCCUGACACUCCUUUUCCGCCAGCCUGUCGCGGCACUGCAGGUGUUGACCAGAGGUGGUGAAUGGAAAUAUGUCAAGCCGCAGAUGGAGGCUCUCACCGUGAACAUUGCCGAUGCGCUGCAGUUUAUGACGAAUGGAUACCUCAAAUCGAGCAUCCACCGCGUCAUCGCACCGCCAAAAGACCAGGCUCAUAUUGACCGUUUGGGGGUUCUGUAUAUGGUACGCAUUGAAGAUGACAGUGAUCUGGUCCCAAUCGAAGAAUCCCCUGUUCUGCGCCAAAAGGGACUGAUCGGUGAGAAGAUCCUUGGGAGCGAUGGGCAGCCGCUCAAGGCAGGCGAAUGGGUGAAGCAGCGAGUUAUCAAGAACCUGGGCGAGUCUACUGAGAAGGACGGCGACAACGAGGUGAACGAUGUGGAAAUCCUCAAGGGUGUUAAAGUGACAUAUUACGACUGA